CUGAUGACGCCUCUUUGAUGCUUGCUGAGUAUGCCAGAAUUCUCACUGUGGAAGCUGCUCUGAGGGCUGCUCAGAACUCGUACAGGUCGAAGACCACAAACCAAGUUGACGUCGAGGACGUAGAAAAAGCCAUUUUCCAAUUAAUGUUGGAUUUUUAAUAUCAACCGUUUUGAAGGAUGUCUCUCUUUCGGUGCCGAUUAGCAUGGAGCCAAAGUCUCGGUGAUGGCGAUGAUCAAUGUGGACAAAAUUGUCUUAUUGUGACUUCAGACCUCACCAAUGAUAGCAAUCAGGAGCUACUCGUUGUUGGGAGCUAUGCAGGUAUGCUGCGAGUCUUCAGACCUUCGCUCAGCCCUGCAGGUGCCUCCCAGCCUUCUGAUCUGAUUCUGGAAAAGCAGCUUGGAUAUCCAAUUCUGGCAUUAUCAAAUGCCAUUUUACGAAGUGGAAUGAAAAACCACCAGUUGGCUGUGAUGUCCACUCAGUGUGUUGCUGUAUUCAACAUAGUCAUUGCGUUUUCAAAUUCUGACCUGGCUGCUUCGUGCAAGCUGGAAUUUUGUUUUGAACGUCCAAUUUCUGAGUCACUCGGGACCUGCUGGCAGCUUGUCGUAGGAAAAUUCGGAGGUGGUGACGAGUCUAAAAGUGGCCUUGCUUCAAUCGGCAUUGUGACCUCUGGAGGAGCGCUAGCAGUGUUUGAAAGGGAGUCGAGGGAGCCCCUGAUUGUGAAAUUAUUUUCACCAGACUCGACGCCCUUAUUGGGUUCCACUGUUGCUUACAGCAGCAUGCGAGACAGUUUUAUAAUAGUUUCUGCUUCCUGGGAGAUGCAAAUGCACAAGUACAGUAGUCUGGUAAAAACUGCUAGAGACUCCGCAAACCGUCAACCAGAUUGGUCAAUAAUCUUAGCUGAUCCUGUUAUUGACUUGCAAGUUGUAAAUCAGCCAAACGAUGGACCUGGAAUAUUGGUUGUGGGACAAAGGUCUCUCACCUUUUGGCAGUGGUCAGGUGUGACAAAGUUUAGUAGACGCCUACCGUUUUCUCCUCUCUGCGUCAGUCAUCACUUUGCAGAGGAGUGUUUGAUGGUCUUGGUGGCAAACGAAACUCUGCUUUUGUUUCGAGACGGUCAACUUUGUUGGUCUAGCCAGCUGCCCUAUCCCAUUGUGUGCAUCUCAACCACAAGGUUCCAGGGAACUCCCGGCUACCUGGCAAUGCUCUCAGACUCGCUUGACCUGCAAAUUAGUUAUCUGGGAACGGAGCCCGCAAUGUUUGGCACUCCAACCCAAAAAGAAGGCUUUAGAGCAAACAUGACAAUUGAAAUGAUGACUGAAGAGCUGAAUAGAAUCAAUGCAAGGUUAAAAUCUUUUACCACUGCUGCACCGACGAGUCAGGGGGAUUUGAAAGUUUCGGUGAUCAUGGCGAAGAGAGCUACAAGAGGCGCGAUCAGACUGAGCGUGGUGGCCCCAAUAUCUCUGCUCAGCUUAUCCGUGAUGGUGUCAAAGCCAAUUGAGGCCAGCCCAAAGAGUGUCAGCAUAAGCAGCUUAUGCGACUCGGUGGAAAUCCCUUUGACGUUCACUAUUAAUUCUGACAGCACACCUCCGACCAGCAUGGAUGUGGAUAUUUGCGCCAGUUAUGCACAGGCUGACGGAACACCACAAAUUAUUCAGACGGGAGUGACCAAACUGCCUCUUUCCAUGCUGCUCUUCCCUGCCAGAGAAGCCGCCAAGGAUGAAACUCACAAGUUGAAUUUUUUGUUCCUUGGCCCUUACAAUGACACCGUCCGAGCCUACAUUCCAGGUAUGCAGUCGGGAGGCGGAACGGCGCAUUUCUCCGGCUCGUUUGGAAAUAUCACAGUUCACUGCUCUCCGGGAGACCCGUCCAAGUGCUCAAUUCAAUCCAACAGCGUGACUCUCCUCAGUCUGGUUGCCAGCAGUGUUCUCGGGACACCUGGACUCCUGCCAACAGUGCAGAAGUCACCCGAGCCGCUACAAUGGCUGCUGAACUUGAUUGAUGGUCUUUUCGAGAAAAGGAAGGAAAGAGACGGCUUGAUGGAAGAGCUGAAAAAUAAAACAUAUUGGGCAAGACAGGUGCAAUUCAGUCUACUCACCCGUUACCGAGAUCAAACUGCAACAGUGCUCAAUGGCAUGGACACUCUGCUGAUGGAAGCCUUCCAACAAAUCAAUGAACUGUCUAAUAAAAUCUCUGCAAUAAACCAGGAAUUGGAGAAGCAGGAGCGUCAGUUGGGUUGUGCAAUAAAACUGUGCUGUCAAUUGCUGCGCCUCUCAGAAAAUCCCCCGAAAACCGAGUUGCUGGAAGCAAUAGAAGCCUCUGUGAGCUCGUCUUUCAUCCACAAGAAUUGGGUGGAGCACACAACCUCUGCUCUAGAGCAUUUAAUACUAACCCUUUGGAGCUCAACUGGAAUCCAAAGAGGCUUCGCCGCGGCCCAAGAAUCACAACCCACGAAAAUCAAAUCAAUAUUCUCCAAAGUGUUUUCUGCACUUCAAUGAUCUCGAUUUCCAAGGUGAUAUUGCAUUUUUUACUUUUUGUUCAACACUUUAUAUAGACUUUGAUGUUGCCCUCGCAAAAUUGUGACUUUGACCGAUUUGAUUUUUUAUUUUUGCAAAAUAAAAUACAUUGAACUACAAAAUCUAAAACUGAGGAUUUUCUA